CUGUCCAAGUAUCUGUCCCUGUGUCUGUCCCCAGUGGUCCCUGUGUCUGUCCCUGGCCCCAGAUGUCUCUGUCCCUGUCCCCAGCUGUCCCUGUCUGUCACUGUGUCUGUCGCUGUGUCUACCCCCAGCUGUCCCUGUGUCUACCCCCAGCUGUCCCUGUGUCUGUCGCUGUGUCUACCCCCAGCUGUCCCUGUGUCUGUCGCUGUGUUUACCCCCAGCUGUCCCUGUGUCUGUCUGUCCCUGUGUCUGUGUAUGUGCCUGUGCAUGUCGCCAGCUGUCACUGUGUUUGUCACUGUGUCUACCUCCAGCUGUCCCUGUGUCUGUGUCUACCUCCAGCUGUCCCUGUGUCUGUCGUUGUGUCUACCCCCAGCUGUCACUGUGUCUGUCGCUGUGUCUACCCCCAGCUGUCCCUGUGUCUGUCGUUGUGUCUACCCCCAGCUGUCACUGUGUCUGUUGCUGUGUCUACCCCCAGCUGUCCCUGUGUCUGUCGCUGUGUCUACCCCCAGCUGUCACUGUGUCUGUCACUGUGUCUACCUCCAGCUGUCCCUGUGUCUGUGUCUACCUCCAGCUGUCCCUGUGUCUGUCGUUGUGUCUACCCCCAGCUGUCACUGUGUCUGUCGCUGUGUCUACCCCCAGCUGUCCCUGUGUCUGUCGUUGUGUCUACCCCCAGCUGUCCCUGUGUCUGUUGCUGUGUCUACCCCCAGCUGUCCCUGU